AUGGAAGAGCCUGCCGAGAUUCGCACCAUCUAUGGCAGUUCAUCUGGUGGAGGUGAUUCGAAUAGGACUCGCAAAGCCUACUCUCGAAGCUCGGACCCCAAUUUGACCUUCAUAGAAGAUGAUGCACGAGGAAUUCAACAUCCACACGACGAUGCCUUGGUAGUGGCUAGGACUAUAGCUAACCACAAGGUUUACGGCAUCCUAGUCGAUACCGGAAGCUCUGCCGAUGUCAUUUACUCUAAGUUGUUUAAGAGAAUAGGGAUCGACAGGUCACACCUCCGACCUAUGAAAACCCCCCUAGACGGCUUUGCCGAAGAUAGGAUGAUCUCCGAAGGAGCCAUCUCCCUCCCCGUGACAACAGGGGAAGGGCAUCAUCAAGUCAUUCUUUUGGUUAACUUCCUCAUUGUGAACGUGUCGUCGAUACACAAUGUUAUAAUGGGCCGACCUUCCCUUAAUGCAAUGAGGGCGGUUGUGUCUACCUAUCACCUCAUGAUGAAGUUCCCUGCCGAGGGAGGAGUCGGAUACCUCCAAGGGUAUCAGUGUGAAGCCCGGAGAUGUUUCGUUGUGGCGGUGAGAAAGGGUUCGGUGAAGCAGGCGAUGAGGACGACCCCCCGACUCAACCAACCUUCUUCGGAUGAAGAUGAGGAUGAGGACGAGGACAAGCCCCCGACUCGGUCAACCUUCUUCGGAUGA